UUUGACUUGGUCCUAAAUUGUACUAUUUUUUCAAGUCAACUACUCUAAUGUUUUUAUGUUAUUUUAGUUUGUUUGUGAAUAAAAAGUUAAUUUUGAUAGUUGUUAUAAUUUGUUCAACAUCAAAUUAAUCAUGUUCUUCUCUAGACUACUUCUUGCUUCUCUCAUUUUGGGGUUUGCAAUUUCUGCACUUGCGGCUACUUUAUCUAAGGAUGAAGUGGAAGGUUUACGGGGGAUAGGAAAGAUGCUGGGAAAGAAGAACUGGAAUUUCAGUGUGGAUCCAUGCUCUGGGAUGUAUGGAUGGGCAGAUAAAAUUCAAGUGUCGGGGGUUGAAAAUGCUGUAACCUGCGAUUGUUCCUUUUCCAACGCCACCAUCUGCCAUGUCGUCAGCAUAGUUUUGAAGGGACAGAAUCUCCAAGGCACGCUUCCUACUGACUUGAGCAGCCUCCCCUUCCUGCAAAUAUUUGACCUCUCUCGCAACUAUCUUAACAGCACAAUCCCUCCGCAAUGGGGCUCCACGCAGCUCACCAACAUCUCUCUUCUUGGCAACAGGCUGACGGGUCCGAUCCCCGGAGAAUUUGGAAACAUCUCCACUCUUUUAGAUUUAGUCGUCGAGUACAAUAAUCUUGGAGGAGAAUUGCCACCUGAACUUGGAAAUUUAGGCAGCAUCAGAAGAUUGCUGUUCACUUCCAAUAAUUUUACUAUGGAGAUUCCUGCAACAUUUGCAAAGCUGACCACAUUGAAAGACUUUCGAAUUGGUGACAAUAAGUUUACAGGACAAAUUCCCAAUCUUAUUCAGAAUUGGACUAAUUUGGAAAAACUAGUGAUUCAAGGCAGUGGUUUAAGUGGCCCAAUUCCGUCCGGUAUUAGUCUUUUAGCGAACAUGACUGACCUGAGAAUUAGUGACUUGAGUAAUGGAACUGAAACAUCAGUUCCAGUGUUGAGUACAAUGAAAAACCUCAAGACAUUGAUAUUGAGGAGCUGCAAUAUUGUUGGGAAGUUACCGAAUGAUUAUCUUGCAGGAAUGGCCAAAUUGAAAACCUUAGACCUCAGCUUCAACAAACUAACGGGACAAAUUCCGAGCAGCUUUCUUGGAUUAGGAAAAGCAGAAUUCAUAUACUUAACUGGAAAUCAGCUUACUGGAGCGGUGCCUGAAUGGAAUCUUCAAAAAGGAAUUAAAGUUGACCUUUCCUAUAACAAUUUUACAACUCAAAGCUCGUGUCAGCAGCGGAGCGUAAACCUAUUUGGAAGCUCUUUAAAGAAAAAUGUCUCAACAAGUGUUUCUUGUUUGAGAAGCUAUCAUUGUCCAAAAGAUUUCUAUUCCUUCCAUAUAAACUGUGGAGGGAAGGAAGCUACUGUAGGUGGAAUCAGAUAUGAAGAUGAUGCAGACUCAGGUGGAGCUUCAAAUUUCUAUCAGAGUAGAACUAACUGGGCUUUUAGUAGCACUGGAAAUUUCAUGGACGAUGACCGCGAUAGAGAUUCGUACACCUGGGAAAACACAACUACACUCUCUGCUGUCACUUCUGCUCUGUACUUGGAUGCACGCCUUUCUCCAAUCUCUUUGACUUAUUAUGGUUUCUGCAUGGGAAAUGGGAAUUACACAGUUAGCCUCCAUUUUGCAGAGAUAAUGUUUACUAAUGAUAACACAUAUAGCAGCCUCGGUAGGCGAAUGUUUGAUAUUUACAUUCAGGAAGAGCUUGUGUGGAAGGAUUUCAAUAUUGCAGAUAUGGCAGGUGGGGCUGGUAAGGCAGUUAUCAAAAAAUUUACAGCCAUUGUCACAAAUCAAUCGCUGCAGAUACGCUUUUAUUGGGACGGUAAGGGGACAACUGGUAUCCCUGUUAGAGGAGUAUAUGGUCCACUUAUAUCCGCCAUUUCUGUCAAUCCUGAUUUUACACCUCCUUCAGAUCCUUCAGAGAACGGAAGCAAUACUGCAGGCAUUGUGUCUGGAAUUGUUGUUGCUAUAGUAGGUAUUGUUGUCGUGAUUUUGGUUGUUCUCUGGUGGAAAGGCUUUCUAGGGCGUAAAGAUACAAUAGAUCAAGAUUUAAAGGGCCUAGACUUGCAAACAGGCUCAUUUACACUCAAGCAAAUUAAAGCUGCUACAAACAACUUCAGUCCUGACAAUAAAAUUGGAGAAGGUGGUUUUGGUUCUGUUUUUAAGGGCCUUCUUUCAGAUGGCACCAUAAUAGCUGUAAAACAGUUAUCCUCCAAGUCUAAGCAAGGAAACCGAGAAUUCGUGAAUGAGAUUGGCAUGAUCUCUGCUCUGCAGCACCCUCAUCUUGUGAAGCUAUAUGGAUGUUGCGUCGAGGGAAAUCAAUUGUUGCUUGUGUAUGAGUACAUGGAGAAUAACAGCCUCGCACGUGCUUUAUUUGGUCCUGAAGAAUACCAGUUGAAGUUGGAUUGGCCUACAAGACAUAAUAUAUGUGUUGGAAUUGCAAGAGGUUUAGCUUUUCUCCAUGAAGAGUCAAGAUUGAAGAUUGUUCAUAGAGACAUCAAGGCCACGAAUGUGCUGCUAGAUGCAAAUUUAAAUCCUAAGAUAUCUGAUUUUGGUCUGGCAAAGCUUGAUGAGGAAGAGAACACCCACAUAAGCACCCGAGUUGCUGGAACCUAUGGAUAUAUGGCACCUGAAUAUGCAAUGCGAGGUCAUUUAACUGAUAAAGCAGAUGUGUACAGUUUUGGAAUUGUUGCCUUGGAAAUUAUUUGUGGAAGGAGCAACACCAGUUACCGACUGAACAUUAAGGAAGGCAGCAUAUAUCUUCUCGAUUGGGCACUUGUUCUAAAAGAGGAAGGCAACCUACUAGAGCUAGUUGAUCCUCGGAUGGGUACUUACGACACAGAGCAGAUGAUGACAGUGAUCAAUGUGGCUCUCCAAUGCGCCAGUGUUUCUCCAGCAGUUAGGCCAGCAAUGUCGUCCGUUGUGAGCAUGCUCGAAGGGAAGAGUGCUGUCGAAGAUUUCGUUAUGGAUUCGAGUGCCUCCUCAUUUGAUGAAAUGAAGAUAGAAGCAAUGAGGAAGCAUUUCAAGCAUGACAAUGAUAUUGAGCACAAGACAAAUGAAAUUCAGACACAAAGUAUGUCAAUGGAUGGGCCUUGGACUGGUUCUUCCACUUCUGCUCAGGAUCUUUAUCCUGUUACUUUGGAUUCUAAUUAUUGGGAGAAUAGGAAUUAGGUACACACUUACAAUUACCUAUUUUCUAUUACGUCUAUAAUGUUAUAGCUUUAAAAAUUUGAAUGCCAACUCUUAUUUUAUUUUUAUUAUUUUGUUUUUGUAUUUUUGACUUUCACUAUGCUUAGAUUUAUGGUUCGAACGGAAAGUGCGCUGAAAAAAUUGUGUUGCUAGAAAUAAACAAUGAAAUACUUGUGUGAUCGAAAUCUAUUUUGGUUCCAUGAUUCUAAAAUACAUGGCAAAAAGUUACUGAA